UCAAAUGGGGACGCCGACGUCAUUAGCUCCAUUUCACAGAUGGGCAAGAAGACAGCCCAUUUCACCUACUGUUCAGAAACAGGUUUAGCCGUAGGAAUGGAGAAAUCAGAAUUUGCUGGCUGGGCUUUUCCUUUCCCAGGAGUAGCUCUGAUAAAGGACUUUGUUAGUGCUGAGGAGGAGGCUGAGCUGGUUCGGUUAAUGGAUCAAGAUGACUGGAAACUUUCACAGUCUGGAAGGAGGAAACAGGACUAUGGUCCCAGAGUCAAUUUUAGGAAACAGAAGCUGAAACCUGGCAGCUUUGAUGGCCUGCCCAGCUUCAGCCGGGAGAUCGUGCAGAGGAUGGGGGCAUACCCCAUCCUGGAGAGGUUCCUGCCGGUUGAACAGUGUAACUUGGACUACCACCCUGAACGAGGUUCUGCAAUCGACCCCCACUUCGAUGACUCCUGGCUCUGGGGAGAGCGGCUGGUCAGCCUCAAUCUGCUCUCACCGACAGUGCUGUCCAUGUCUCGGGAUUCAGAUGAGAGACUUCAGUUACUCUCCAUGGCCCAGCAGGGAAUGAGGAGCUGUGUGCCGAAUGACACAGAGAUGGGAGACCCUGAUGACGCCCAGAGCAUCUGGAGAUCUGUUCCGUGUGACCACGUGGAAGUGGCCAUUCACUUACCUGCUAGGUCCCUGCUUGUGUUGUUUGGGGCUGCCCGCUAUCAGUGGAAACAUGCCAUCCACCGGCAGCACAUCGAGAGCCACCGGAUCUGUGCCACCUUUCGAGAGCUGUCAGCUGAGUUCUGCCCUGGAGGGAAGCAGGGAGAACUAGGGCAGGAACUCCUGGAAAUAGCUCUGUCAUUCCAAGGAAAACCUGUGUGACAAGGCCAGAGAAAGGGAACCAGCACCAGAUUUGUCAAGAAACGAGUCCAGGACCCACAGCGCUGCUGUACUUGAAAACACUGGAUUCCUAACAAGAUCACUUGUUUAAUUCAGCUGCAGUUCUCGGAAAAGUGCACCUGAAACCCUGAAGCCAGACAUGGCAUCGUCUAGUCCUGCUCUGUUUCAGGGCAGCUCUGGGAAUUCUCGUCUUUCAUUGUUUUUGUUCUUGGGGGAAUGUGGGGCUGAGGGCCUUGAGGGUCCUUAAAGGUGGAGAUGGAGAGGGCAGGAAGAAUUGUGAUGACACAGCCUUGGCUCCACUGAGGCCAUGGCUGCCCAGGCGCAGCCAGGCUACAGGGAGCUCACAGCACACCCUCAUCCCAGCUCAGCUGAGAUUUUACCUUUUUCUUGAUGAACCUUCACCUAUGAAGGUUUCCAUUAGCAAAAAAGGCCCGUAACUAAUUACAUCUAUCUCACCCAAAUCAAUGCUAGACUAGUGGGGUCGUUCUAAAUAUACGCAACAUUCCAUGGAAAGAUGAUCUAUGUCAUUAAACACAUAUUUUUUUUAAGUUCUGA